AGAGCCCUUCUGGACAGCUCCCGCUCACCCAAACAGAAGACGUCGGCGCCAGAGUGGGCUCGGACAUGGCGAGGCAGCGCGCCCGCACAACCGGCGGGGCCCGGUGAUCCCUCCCUCCUUCCCCACCCCCUCCCCUCUCCCGCACGCACGCCCUGUCCGCCCCCACCCCACCCCCACCCCGGGCGCGCCCGCCCGCAGCCCGGGGCACACACCCGCACGCACGCUACCCCAGCACACACUCCCGCACUCCCACGCCCGCCCCCGAGCCCGUGGCCGAACCACGCCACGCGUGCCUAGCCAGCCGGCCGGCAUCCCCCGCCGCUCCCACCGCCCCCGGGCCCCGAUGGACUGAAUGAAGGCUGCCUACACCGCCUAUCGAUGCCUCACCAAAGACCUAGAAGGCUGCGCCAUGAACCCGGAGCUGACAAUGGAAAGUCUGGGCACUUUGCACGGGCCGGUCGGCGGCGGCAGCGGCGGGGGCGGCGGCGGGGGCGGAGGGGGCGGGGGCGGGGGCCCGGGCCAUGAGCAGGAGCUGCUGGCCAGCCCCAGCCCCCACCACGCGGGCCGCGGUGCUGCUGGCUCGCUGCGCGGCCCGCCGCCGCCAACCGCGCAUCAGGAGCUGGGCACCGCAGCGGCGGCGGCAGCCGCGGCGUCGCGCUCGGCCAUGGUCACCAGUAUGGCCUCGAUCCUGGACGGCAGCGACUACCGGCCAGAGCUCUCCAUCCCGCUACACCACGCCAUGAGUAUGUCCUGCGACUCGUCCCCGCCAGGCAUGGGUAUGAGCAACACCUACACUACGCUGACGCCGCUCCAGCCGCUGCCACCCAUCUCUACGGUCUCAGACAAGUUCCAUCACCCGCACCCUCACCACCACCCUCACCACCAUCAUCACCACCACCAUCACCAUCAGCGUCUGUCCGGCAACGUCAGUGGCAGCUUCACUCUCAUGCGGGACGAGCGCGGGCUUCCGUCCAUGAACAACCUUUAUAGCCCUUACAAGGAGAUGCCUAGUAUGAGCCAGAGCCUGUCUCCGUUGGCUGCCACGCCGCUGGGCAACGGGCUGGGUGGCCUUCACAAUGCUCAGCAGAGCCUGCCCAACUAUGGUCCGCCGGGCCAUGACAAAAUGCUCAGCCCCAAUUUCGACGCGCACCACACUGCCAUGCUGACCCGCGGUGAGCAACACCUGUCCCGAGGCCUGGGCACCCCGCCUGCGGCCAUGAUGUCUCACCUCAAUGGCUUGCACCACCCUGGCCACACUCAGUCCCAUGGGCCAGUGCUGGCUCCUAGCCGCGAACGGCCCCCUUCGUCCUCCUCGGGUUCUCAGGUGGCCACGUCGGGGCAGCUGGAAGAGAUCAACACCAAAGAGGUGGCCCAGCGGAUCACCGCCGAGCUGAAGCGUUACAGCAUCCCACAGGCGAUCUUCGCACAGAGGGUUCUAUGCCGGUCUCAGGGGACUCUCUCCGACCUGCUCCGGAAUCCCAAACCCUGGAGUAAACUCAAAUCUGGCAGGGAGACCUUCCGCAGGAUGUGGAAGUGGCUGCAGGAGCCCGAGUUCCAGCGCAUGUCUGCCUUACGCCUGGCAGCAUGCAAACGCAAAGAGCAAGAACCAAACAAAGACAGGAACAACUCCCAGAAGAAAUCCCGCCUGGUGUUCACGGACCUCCAACGCCGAACACUGUUUGCCAUCUUCAAGGAGAAUAAGCGCCCUUCGAAGGAGAUGCAGAUCACCAUUUCCCAGCAACUUGGGCUGGAGCUGACCACUGUCAGUAACUUCUUCAUGAAUGCCCGGCGCCGCAGCCUGGAGAAAUGGCAAGAUGACCUAGGCACAGGGGGCUCCUCGUCCACCUCCGGCACUUGUACCAAAGCAUGAUGCAAAGACUCUCACCUGGGCACAAGUCACCUCCACAUGAGGACAACACAUACCAAAAACCAAAACCAAAACCAAAACCAAACCAUACCAAAAAGAAAAAAAAAAUCACAAAGACAUCAGAUUCUUAACUGGGGCCCUUCACUGGUGACUUGAAAGCACAAUUCUCUUGAAACUUCUAAUCUAGCUGUAAUCAUAGGCCAGGUGUCCAUUUUCUUUUGUUUCAUUUGAAAUGGCUACAGAGUCCACGUGCACGCCGAAAAUUAAUCUCUUUGAACCAGACACUGUCCUCUGAGUAUGCUAAGCAACCCAGAGAUCCAAAUGGGGCCUUCUUGGAGUGAAUCAAUUACAGCACGGUGUCAACCAAACUCAGUGUAGCUGUAAGCAUCAAUGGUCUUAUCCAGGCCCUGUCAACCUCUUGCUAUCAUUAGUUCCCCAUGAGUAAUUGUGGGUAUUUGGCCUGAGCAUAGACAAUUCCAAAAUACUACGAUAAGAGAAGUAUUUAUCAAGAAAGGCCUCAAGUGCUUAGCUUCUUUCUAUCACACUAUAUUAAACUUCUCAGCCAUAACUUUACAAAAAAAAAUCAGAAUGGUAAUUACUGAGCACAAGUUUUAAAUAUGGAAAUCAAUAAAAAAAAAUCCAAGGACCUGUUUUUUCCAACUCAGGCAUCUUUUCAAUGGAUAGUUUAGAAAGCUUUGAUUUCAGUUUACAAUUUUUUCUUUUCCUUACCUCCUGGAAAUCUCAUGUGGUCUUUUUGGAUCCGUCAAAAAAAAAAAAAAGUCAAUUCACUUGAGCUCAAAGUAUCAAGCACAACGAAGAUAAACAGACAGAAGGAAGGUUCUGGUUUCAAUGCAUCCAGUUUGACAAGGCGGUUUACAUCUGUCUUUACUGUCGUGAAGUCAUUAGGGAAUUAUUGGGAAUAUGGCUUCAAGCACACUUUGCAGUUUGUUACAAAUUCUGUUUGUACAUAAUGCAGACGCACACUCAGGAGGCCAAUUUAACUGUUACAGUACAGGAGCAAACGCAUCACUUAAAAAGAUCUAGAUUUUUUUAGAUCAUUCCUUGAUUUACUAGUCACCCAGUUCCUCCUGUGUGCAUCAUGACUACGGUUCAUUCUCGUCGUUCUUGCCGAUUCGUAUUGUCCCCUAUCCCAUCCCAUUAGUUGGGAUGUCUCUAUUGUUUUCUACAAAGAAACAGUUUAAUAAGCCACUUCCUGUCGUCUCUUCCUAACUCUCUUCCAUUGCUGAUUCGUCCUUGUAAAACAGCCGACGGAAUCUGGAGAGAACACAGCACACCAAAGAAGCAGAAAUUCUGCAAACCAAAGAUAUUUGUUACCUGCCAUUUUCUAGCCUACAAAUACUGUGAUUACUUUUAGAGAUCAGAGCACCUCUGUAACUCCGAGUGGCAUUCGGCUCUUGUCUUGGGCUCACCACCUGGCUGAGUAGACCAGCUAUGCUGGUCAAUGACAUUAGCCAAACAUCCAGGCAGUGGCUUCACCACGCCGCCGGCUCUGGUUGUCACCUUCUCAUAGCAAGUGGAAGAGGGCCCACAGAACUCUGGGAGAUUACAAAGGUCGCUAUGUGCAUAUUUACCAGUGAAUGGCCCCAGGUGGGCACCACGAGGUGUUCGGAGCAAGCCAAAAGCUUCGAUGACUCUUUACAGACACUUGAGACUGACUUUUGUAUGAAUUACUUAAUUGAAACCAAAGAAAUUUUUUUUUCUGCACCUACUUCUGCAACAAAACAGAACUGUCCCAUUGGAUGAGUAAACGAUUCCAUCAAUCACUGGAAAUCACCACCAACGGAAAGAAGCACGCUAGAAUGAGGAAACAACAAAGCCACCGAAGACACACUGUGUUCGAACAGACCUUUUGGGACACUCUUAUCUUUUAUUUUAUUUUAUUUUUUGGAAGCAGAAUUUGAAAGAAAGGGUUGAGACACGAAUCAAAGUACAGAGGAGCCUCAACGGCAGCUGCUUCAUAUGACGACUCACUCGGUGAUCUUAACGUUGAAGAUUGUCUUUAAUUUGUGCCUAUGCAGUUUUUUCAAAAGAACAUGGAGACGGCAACAGAAACCUCAACAGCUACAAUACCAAAGACGAGGAUUCUCACACCUUUUUGUCUCAGUUCAUUACCUUCCUUUGCCUGGCUAAAAUACUUAUAGCGUCAUUGAUCUGUACAAAGGUAAUCGAUUUUGUUUCUUUAAGCAACAAAAGGAAAGGAUCAUUUGUUUGAUUUUAUUGUUUCCCUUUAGUUUCGUUUCAUGGCUUUUUACCCAACAUGGAAUCCUCCCCACCCCACCCCACCCCCGCCCAACCCUACACAUAAGGUUCCAUGGACUCCAAAUUUGAGAUGCUGGGGGUACUGAAAGAUGUUCCUUUCUCCCUUCGGCAGAGCAUGGGAAAUAUUACUGCCGCUUGAAUGUCCGUGGCUUAACCCUUAGGCUUGGUUGCUUCUGUGUUCAGUCUUGUCAUUAGAGGAGGGGAGGGGAGGGGAACAAGGACCGGGGGUAGGGGGUCUAGGUGAUCCAUCCUCUCCAGAACCAAAGAAUUUAUAGAGAAAUUGACAGCCUCAUCUUCAUGUGAUUGCCACAUAUUAACAGGGCUUCAUUUGGGGGUGGGGAAACAUGUAAAAAGAAUGACCAGUUUCUACUUUUCUAUUAGCUUUUUAAAAAAAAAGAUCAGCUGUAAAGUUGCAUUUCUAAAGAAAGAUAUAUAUAUAGAUAUAUAUUAAAUGUACAAGGACACAUAUAGACUAACCCGCAUUGGUGAUAACCCAAAGUUUUUGCUGUUCAACUUUUUGUUUUGUCAUAAGCACCAUUCGUUGAGUUUUCAGUUCACAACUGUGCCCAUUCUCACGCCAUCCCAGCGUUAAUUAGUCACUGUGGUUGUACUCAUAUCUCCAUAUAAGUUCAUGGUAAAAGUUGAAGUCCAUUUAGGCAUUUCUACCUGUAACCUGUUGAUGAAUGGAUUCAUGAUGUGAGUAUUCAGUCAUCUCUAUUCGCCUCAACUGUCAGAAGCAAGGUUUAUCCACCAGAUUAACUCAGAGCUGUGCUGCUGGCAGUGGGAAACUUAUCCUUCAUCGUUGCUGGGAAUACUCGGUGAUUCAUUCCCAUCUGCUGUGGAGCAGAACACCAGAAAUCCAUUUUCCAGCCCUUAUCCAUGCCCUUAUCCAUCAGAGUAUUCUAGAUCCCUCUCGCUGAGUAGAUCCAACACAGGCUUCUCAUGGGGAAGUCCAGCUUCUAUCACAAUAGGUGGAUCAGGUCUCCUCAGGGUGGUAAUUACCAGUUUGCACUGACAAGCUUGAGCCCAACCAUAGCUGGCACUGGGGUAGAACAGGAUUGUUGAGGGGAGGAGAAAAGUCCUGGAGAAAAGACAUACAGCAGACUGUGAGGAGAGUUCCAGAUCCCUGUCCCUGGAGAGCCACAUCCACAUCAUCUGCCUUGACUCUUUACUCAACCCAUGUGGGCAGUCCUGUGUACGGGGCAUCAUAUCUAAAGCUGAGAGAAUGUGACCCUGUGGUAUUUUGGUAAUUUAUCCUACCUAGGGAGUGUUCCUUUCAUUUUCCCUUUGUCCCUUGCUUAUAAUUCAUGGACUUUUGGUCAAAUGACCAAGAAAAAGCAUAUUUCCUCAGAGGCUUCCUCCCAUUUCAACUUGGUCAGAUGAAUAUUAUCUUGGGUCUUACAAAAUGAGUCCUUGUGACUUGUGGACAAUGGGAACAGUGGUUCCGCUUGAAUACAGACUGCAGAACAGAGCAUCUUGCUUUGGUUAGUGACUGACACUCAUUAACAACAUUUGGGGCUCUGCAUCCUUGGAAGAUAAUGGCAUGGAGGAAAAAGGCACGACAUUCCCUCUAGGAACUCUCCAUAAAUGGCUCUUCUAUCUCAGAUCAUAUCAAAGAGAAUACUUGCUUUCAAAAAUUAUUUACAUACACACAAACACAUAAAUGUGUAGGUGCAUCUGUACACACGUGUCCAAAUUUCAGGCCAAAGUAUUGUUUUGCUAGAUAGCUGAAAGAAAAAGUAUUAUGCUGAAAGGUUAUAAAAUUUAAUCCAGUGUCUUUUCUCAAAGCCUUUGAUUUUUUUAUUUUAAAUAACAGUUUCAGAGGAAAUAACUAUUUGGACUUGCUAUAGUCUACAGUCUACAUUCUUAAUCCAAAAAUAGUUUCAGGUUACUGCCACCAUCAACAACAGUGGGACGCUGUGGAAGAAGAGCUCACAACCAAAUUUCACCUCCAUAGGAUGACAGAAAUCCAAAGCUAUUAAGUGAAAGGUAUAUUUUUCCCUAAGCCUUCAUAUAACUAAGCUUUAUUUUUGUUUUCAAUGCGAUUUUAAAAAUGAAGAUUCGAUUCCUUCAUUCUUAGGAUUCUUUUAAAGGAUAGAUAAUAUAUUAAAAGUACAAUGACAAUAAUAAGAUGUAAUUCCAGUAUUUACAAGAUUUUCCCAUAACGGAAUAGAGUAUUUGGUUUGUACCAUAUAGUGGUACAGGCUACUCUGAGGCAGGAAGGAAAGAUCAGAGUUGGAUACAUGGUUCCUGUUUUCUCAAAGGCUCUUUGCAGCUUCAGCAUUCAAGACCCAAUCUCGUCGUUCCUUCAGGCUAAAGCAAAACAAAACCCAGGAAGGUAAACCUAAUGCACAUAUACCCGAACACACAAAUGCACACACGUGCACACAUAGUUUCUUAAGGUGAGCAGUGAGUUUCGGAGCCAAAUAUUAAUAAUUAAAAUUUACAUAAUCAAACUGAAUAAUCUUCAAACAAAUAACCACUAUUCAGUAGGUACAGAGAGGAACUUUCCAUUAUCAAAACUGUUCAUGUUGUAUCUGUUAGCUUGAUAUUAGCAAAAUAUCAUAGAAAUACACUUUUGGAAGAAACGGGUCUUUGGGAGCCUGUCUAGUUGGAUUUUUUUCAAAAUCUACAAACAAACCAAGAUUGUUUAAAAAAAAAAUUAGGGUCAUUAAAAACUGGGGAAAGUAGGUAUUUGUGUUGACCACAUAGCCCAGACACUACUUUGACAGUAUCUUUUUGAGAUUCCUACCCAAUCAGGGCUGACUUCUUACUGUCUUGUAGCAACAGGGCAGUAACGCUCUGACUUGCUAGUCAAACCAAGUGAAUGGGCGGGAAGCAGGUGAAGAGGAAGGGAUAGAGCCUUUCUGGUAGUUAUUUUCAAAGCUGGAUGGCUUAACAGUUCUGUGCUAUUGGCUAACUGCAGAGACCAGUUGUUAAAAAAAAAAAAAAGUCCCACUCAAGAAGAACAGUAUCCCAGGUGGUUGCUUGGAACUGUGAAGUCUUAUUUUUCUAUCAAUGCUUUGUUUCUUUGCCAGGUAGGAGGUAAGGGUAGAUGAAUGAUUGAUUUACCUUAGAAAGUCCCAAGUACUUAUGAAACAAAACUUAGUCUUAAAAUAACAGGAUGUCAUAUAUAUAAAAUAUAUAUAUGCAAAACUUUUUAUCAGUGCCCAUGGGUUAUGCUAUAAGUCCACAGGACCUCAAGUGCUCAUUGACCUCAAGUUACACAACUAACAGUCAUGGGGAAGCAAAAGCUAGAGUCCAAACUCUACCUCUCUAGACUUUGAAUUAGGUUGCUUGACAUUACCCAGUUUAUACAUUUUUAGUGGGGAAAAAAAUGUAUAUAAGGAAAAACAAAAGAAUCACCAAAGGUUAGUCAUUUCAUGGGAAUAUUCCAUUUGUCUCCAUUUUUAGCAGCAGUCAUUUUACAUGGCAUAGACCUUGUCCUUGUUAGAUAAGUCUGCCUGACAUUUACACAGUCUGGGAGCUUGAAUGUAUACAGAUCUAGAUACAUAUUUCAACAUAGAUCCUCACAGUUGACUUUACGUCCACAUCCAUUUGCCUAGAGGUGUCUAGACUGUGUACAUGCAAGUGGGUACAGACGUGCUUAAAGCAUAUACAAAUUGUAACCUGUUACAAUAAAUAAACUUCAAAUCACCGUGCGACAUGUAUGUGAUACUUUGACAAUGGACCUUGUCUCUAUUAUUUCUUUGUAAUGCUGAAAACCAAAGUGCGGAGACGUAAGCAAAAGUAUCCCGCCAUCUUCAUUCAUCACGAUACUUGAAAUUAAUUUCGUUUGGGUGCAGCCACGACAAAGAACUUUUGGUGGAACGUUCGAUAUUAUUUUCUCGUCUGUGUUAGAUGUUUAACGACUUUGGUUAAAUAGCUUUAUCCUGGUUCUCUAGUAACUAGAGCUAAAUCCAAAGACCUUAAAAAGAACAAAAGAACGGGGUGGGCGUCGGGGUGGGGGGAGGGAUGCAGAGUAUAGUGCAAACCAGUGACAGAAAGCGGACCUGGUGUCCAGGGUUGAAAGAAUGAUGGUGUGGUCUUGUGGAGGUUGUGUUAGCUAGGUCAGGGAGGGGAGGAGGUGAUGAUUUUUCCUCCAUGUUUGUCACAUCUAAGUGGUCUUUAAUGUGAUAAAGCUUUAGAAGUUAUACUUUGCUGCUUUAUUUUAUUUUAGACUAUAGAGCGAAAUGACCCAUUUUGUCCACCAAAAAAAAAAAAAAAAGGAAGACAACCCCCCCACACACACACCUCAGCUAUGUUUUAACCUUUCUCUUUCAGUUGCGACCCCAACAAGCUAUUAAUAUAAUUAAUUUAUUUAAAUUAGUUCCUUGUAUGCUAGCAUGUAGGAUGCGGGUAAUUAUUUAAUUCUCCUCCCUUGGUUUGAUUUUACUCCUUGUUCUUAUUUAUCAUGAUCUAGAGCCGCGGAGCAUCCGAGAUGCAAAACCCUGGCUGCUGUAGAAUGUAGUAUGCUUCAUAAAGCGGUGAACUUCUGUUACAGGGAAGAAACAUAGGUUACAAUGAAAAUGAAAAAGAAAAAAAAACAAUCUGGGUGUAUUUCCCUUCUUGGAUUAACUUAUAAGAUGGUUUAAUGGUUAUUAAAUUAUUGAAUUUAAGUUCACAGCCCCACCUGGUACCAGGCGAGCUUCACCUCUUAAUUAUGGGGGGCCCUCAGAGCCUUUCUAUUGUAACUUAUUUAUUUAACUUAUUUAGCAUCUGCGACAGAUGCGCUGUAUAGUUUGUGUUUGUUAUUUAAAACAAGAGAGCACUGCAGUUUGUUUGCUGUCAGAACAACAGAGCAGAUCUGUCUGUGGACAAGCAGUGACUGAUCGGUCAGCCUGAACCUGCUUCAGAACUUGAGCUGAGAUCCAGCGUCACCAGCCCGGAUUUCUGGGCUUUUCUGUAACCGAAACUGGAAAAAUAAAUAAAUAAAUAAGAAAUUAUUAAAAAACCAAAAAAAUAAAAGAGAGAGAGAGAGAGAGAACCCUUAUACUAGCUGCUUCCAAGAAAGAACUCAGUGUGCGUGUAAAGCGAGAAAACAAAAAGGGAAAAAAAGCAGAAAAAAAAAAAGGAAAAAAAAAAACGGAAAAACUUUCUAUUUGUAGUGAGAACCAAAGGAGGCUACCUCACUGACUUUUUCUAUUUGUAAUUUUAAUCGUGUUGACGACACCAAAGAUACCAAAGAUUCCUUUCUCUGUGCGGUCUGCAUUUCGCCUGUGCUCUGUUAUGAUUUGAACUCUUCUCUCUGACGUACAGUAUGGACAACCACAGCUCAGACUCCCCAAAGAAACAAUGAUGUGUGCGAACGAAGGCGGCUGCUAACCUGGAAAGGGAAAUUUUCUGUGUCUCUGGCGUCUGUCUGCUGCCCCCUCCCACGCGCUCAACUUGCGAGUCCGGACACUGCUGUCACUGGAUUCUUUAUAAAGUUCCCAUUCCAAUUUGGUGAAGAAGACUGCUUGGAAAGGGUUUGCAGUCCUAGCCUGUGCCUCUGGACCUCUGGAGCUAUCACAGGGAAAAGUGUCCCAAGCUACUGCAACUACAGAAAUAAGCAUUGCGUAGGAGUGCUGGGAGGGACUUUAGGAGUCACUCCUUACCUGACUGGGGCCCAAAUCAAAGUAGUUAUCUGAGCCUAGGAGAGUAGUAAUCCUUUAGCAAUGAACAGAAGCUGUAGUUUCUGGAUUAAUAUUUUCAUCCUUUAAAGAAUCAUCUUCGAACACUCGCACCCUAAAUUAUGUUGCUUAGUAGGGUGGCCAGCCUUGAACUUCUAGGGCUCAUUCAGGGUUCUGCCCUGGGAGGCAUAUUGACUCAAACAGUAAUGUGACAUUGGAGUGCACCCAUUACAACAUCUUGAAUAAGUAAGCUUGCAGUCGGUGAGAGGAGAAAGCCCAGUCUUGACCUAUUGAGUUUAUUACUACGGCUACUCUGAAGUCAGUAUUUAUCAAGCAAGGGCACCUGACUAUCACCUCUGAUAGACUCUUCCAGCUGUCAGCUUUUUUUUAAAAAAAAACUGCUCUUUAUUUUUUUUUUACCUAACAGUUCCCAUUUCAUUUCUAAGCCAAUCCUAUUUACAAAAGAAAUGCAAAUAAGCCUCACACUGUUCGAUGGUAAAGUGUAUUCCUUGCAAAUGAAAAAUAUCCCAAAAUAUCAGACGAAUGGAUAGACCCGUUUAGAUAAUGGCUAAAGUUACUUUUCUCUUUUUCCCUUAUCAAGGCUUAAUUGGUCUUCUUUAAGUUUCUUUAGAUUCUAUUAAAAUGGCUCAAUCACUAUUAGGAUCAUUCACCAGUGUGAUUAGAAAUUAGCCAGCGGCUCUUUUUUAGCUUUUGGUCAAGUGGGAAUUAGCUACACACUGAUUUCUAUCUCUAGUCUACAGAGCUCUUUACCGAAUACUACAUUUUUACAUUUCACAUAAUAGUUAUCAUUGAGCUUUUAAAGAGGCUCUUAGAUAAAGCUAAGAAGGGAAGAUCAAUUUACCCCUCCGUUGCACACCCCAACAGAGUGUAGCCGAUAGAGGAAUUUACAACAGACUUAUAGACUAUGAAGCACACACCAUUUCCCCUCUCUUUUCAUUCAUUCUCUUAAAAAAAAAAAAAAAAAAAAAAAAGAACAGGGUCUUGUGUGUUCCAAGGUAGCUUUAAACUCAUCAUGUAGAGGAUGGCUUUGAACUCUCAAUCUUUCUGCUUCUAUGUGCUUAGUGGCGGGGUUACAGUUGUGAACCACCACGUCCAGCCAGUCAUCUUUCUGAAGUUUGUAUGCUCCAUCCAGGCAUAUGUGAAAGUUCUUUUAACCUAGAUAGACCUCCCUCUAUGUGUGCUCCUGACUUAGGCAAACCUGCAAGGCUUUCUUUCCAAGCAGUCGAUCACCAAAUUCCUAUUGGCAAUAAACAUCCCCCAGAAUACCUGGGAAACAAUAAAUUCCCCAAGCAGCAGAGCAACUCCCUGUAAGCAACAUCACCUUCCCCAGCCUUCCAACCACCCAACCCCUAGGAGGGAGGACCUAGAAAGAACAACAGCAGCCUGAACACAGAAAAUAUCUCCACUAGCAGACCCCUCUUCAGCGACAACCCCCACCCCCAGCCUCAUGCUUCACUUGCAAAGUGUGACAUUACCACGGGACGAGUGCCUUGCUUGAACCAAAGCAACGAUUUAGCCAGUCUGGACCUCUCUGUGCUUUUCUUAAUCCUUCCGGUGAAUACCUCAGCUUCAACUGGGCCUCCAAACAGUAGAUUGGUAGGCUUAUUGUACUGUGGUGCUUUGCAACGCAACCCUGCAAAGAAAAAGAUUUGUACCAAUACCAAAGGUUCUUUCUCUAUGUCUCUUCCUUCUGCCUCCCCCACUGCCCCCCCUUUUCUAGUCCCUCAUGGUUCCAAAGCUUUAAUAUGAACCUGGGCAUGGUGGCAAUGCAGACCGCGCAAUUCCUUACCGAAUUUUCUCAGAUAUACCUCAUAGAUAAUAGUGUUUAGAGUAAUGUUAUUAUAGCGUAUGUAAUAAAUUAUUCACUGUUUCUUUUGGUAACUGUGAUUUAAAAAAAAGAGAAAAAAAGGAAAAAAAAGCUUUAUACAGUUAGGUUGUGCUUUUGUAAUAGAUGAAAAUGUGCGCUUAAAAAAAAAAAGAAACAUGUGUUCUUUUUUUUUUUUUUUAAUUUUUCUUCUCCCCCUUUGGACUUUAUUUGUUCUGGAUUGGGGAAAGUUGCAGAAUUGAGCCCAAAGUUUACAGUUUCAUAUUUUGCUGAGAAAACAAUCUGUGUUCAUUUGCUCUGCUGAAAAGAAAAAUAAGAGAGUUAUUUUCUACAUUUGUGCUGACUGUUCUGUGUUUAACGGUGUAGUAUUAUAAUUAGCAACUGCCAAUCAGUGCUAUGAUUUUAUGCAUGAGACUAAAAACUUAGCCGUGUGAUGCAUUGUGGUCUUGAUAGCAACGUUUUCCUUUUCGUACUAGAUCCUCCCCUUUGGUUCAACAGACAUUGUUUAUGCAUGGGUGCCUAUUCUUUGUUAGCCGUCGUGAACAGUUGUGUAUACAUUAAACUGUGAAAAAAUAACGUACACAGUUCGGCCUCAGACAGUGAUCAUACCGGUUUUCUUGGGAAAUGUAUUACCUUGAGAAAUGCCUUCACACCUGUUGGGAUUUUGCUAUGAGUCAGAUCGAACCGGGCUUGAAUUGUAAUGAGAAAGUCAUCCAAGUUGGAGUUUAGACUACUGGAACCCCCACAAAUCGGGAGCCGCAUAACCCAGAUGUAUCACUAGAUAGAGCUGAGCAAACUAGAAAGGAGCUGGAGAGAGCAGCUCACCUCUAAAUUUUUAUCCCACUAAAGGGAAUCUUAGCAUUAUGUUCAUGAUCUCAGACCUCUUGGGCCAUGUAUACGACAAGGCUAGUUCAUCUAGGCCUCACUUUUCUGGAUUUUUCCCCUUGGGGAUUGAACUCUGUUGUCAGUUCCCAGUUAAAGAGCAUCUGUAUCAGUGAUCCAUGCCUGGCCUUUUUGUACACUCUCACAGAGAAGCCCACCAGUUAUUUGGACAAGAAUAUGUGGUCAUUCCCUAAACUUUCACUCACGUGGUCUAUCAGACUUUUCCUCCUUCGGUCACAAAUGACUCUAGAUUGCUCCUUACAAAGCUGUCUAUAUUCUAAAGGGGACUAUAAAGUUUUUGUUUUUAUGGUUUUUUAGGGUUUGUGUUUUUGAGAACCAAUUUAUGAAACCCAUCUUGUUUGAAUUCCCCAGUCUUUGAGGUCUCUCUGUCUCCAGAAGUAGUUUUCAGGCCCAGGGGCAAACAUAUUUUUAUGUUUGGGUUCUGAGAUCUGCUUUUGACCCAGGGGACUGGGCAAACAUAUUUUUAUGUUUGGGUUCUGAGAUCCGCUUUUGAGUUUCAUACCUACUUCCUACACCAGUAUGCUCCCCGCACAACUAAAUCAGCUGCCAGGUUCUGCAGUCCUGCAGAAGAGAACGGAGAUGAGGACUAACAGCGGAGCACCAGUCUGCCAUGCAGAGUUCUGGAAAUCACCACCAGACAGCAGAGCGUCGCACGCGUGUCUGUCAGUGAGGACGUCGGAGAUGUUCUUUCACUGAUGGCGCCAAGGAACGAACGGCCUUAUGAGUAGGUUGUGAUAAUGACAGCAUUGUAAUGUAGUCUUUUGGGUUUUUUUUUAUUCUUCCUUUUAUUAAUCUGCCAAAGAUGGGAAUGGAUACGAGAACUUUAAAAUCAGCUUCUGUAAGCCAGUCUUUGAUUGUAAUGGUGUUUAAUCUCCCGGAAUGCUUUACAUAAGUCUUCUGCAGUAAAUCAAGUCCCUAUUUGUUUGCAGAAGUUCUCCUCCUACUCACAAGCCUGCAAACAAACAAUUCCUCUUGAUGCAGAUGUUAUAAUACCUACAAUGUUCCAGCGUUAUUUUUGAUCCAAAGGGGUGUGUGAGACAGGAGCAUGCCUGGCCCUUUUUACAACAAGCAACCCUGGGGUCUGGCUCACUAGAAUUUGCCAAGAAGACUUGUCUUAUGAAAUUCCAGGUAUAUUUUGUUAUGCUGUUUUAUUUCCUUUUUUUAAAAAAACUGUGGAAAGUGAUACGUUGAAUCAAGUGUAAGCUGAGUUUUCCAGACAACUGAAGUAGCUUCAUUGUGAAUGUUAUUUUGUUAUUAAAGGGUUUUUACUCAA